UGAAUGGUUGUUUGAAUAUUGUUGUCUCUAUUUUGGAAUGAUACAGCAUGUAAAACCUACAUUGUAUUGAUAAUAGAAUAUUGCCCACAUUUCCCUAUACACUAUCUGUGGUGUCUGAAAAACGCAGCUCUCUACUGGUCCACAGAUCUGAUUUAGAAGAGUGCUGAAUGAUGACUGCUUGUGAUGACAAAAUCCUGUCAGGCAGAUUAUUUUUGGUGUCUAUGUGUGUGGGUCAGAGCCACAGAGGCUCUCGUGCUAUUCCUGGCAUCACAGUGAGGAAGAGAGAGGCAUGAGUCUGCUGAUUUCCUUAACAGAUCUUCAGUUGAUCCAUAUCACUUUCAGCUUGACAAAGUCUAAUCCACAUCCACGCAGCAGCACAGAUCAUCAUUUAUUAGUCAGACUUCAACCUGACAAAAUAUAAUAGUAUAAAUUUGUGAAUAUGUUCGUAAAUAUAUUAAAUAUAUUCUCUCUAGAGUCACGAUGGAGGAGGCGGAACUGUUAAAGGAGAGACUUCAAGCCAUUACAAAUAAACGAAAAAUCCAGGAGGACAUUGCCUCAAAGCGGCUGGAGAUCGACAAGGAAAAACUGAAGCUUCAGCAACUGAAGAAAAAAUCCACAAGAGAUCUAUGGCUUAUGGGUGGCACAAGCGCUGGAGCAGCCCAGAAAGAACAAAAAGCUCAGGAUGUCACCCAGCAGACCAAAGCACUACAGAGCAACAUUCAUCGGAUAGAGAAAGAAAUUGAAGCUCUGGAGAGGGAAGAGCUCAACAUCUCUACAAACGAAGGCCUCAUCCUGAACAGGCUGAAAGCCAUUGAGAAGUCCACAGAGGACAUUAUUAAGGCAGCAAAUGAAAAUUUCAAGUCAGAACCUAUUCAUGUUUAUCCAGGAAUUCCAGAUGCUCAAAAAUCUUAUACACCUUUAAACAUGAGGAAACAACCAACAGUGAAUCAAGGAAUAAAAGCUGACCAACAGAAACCUGCUUUGUUUGCCAUGGAGAUCAACGUGCAGAAGGACCUGCACACCGGUGAGAGCCGCGUCCUCUCCACCUGCACAGUUCCGGCCCAGGAAUUACAGCAGCGCGGCAUCAAGGUGUACGAUGACGGCCACAAGUCUGUGUACGCUUUGCACACUGCCUUGGAUCAACCUGAAGCCAAUGAACUGGAUGAGCUUAGCCCUAAGGAGGUGGAGGAGCUCAUCAAACAGGCCACAUUGAGAAGGAAGAAGCCUCAAGAGCAAAAUGAGCCCCUAUGUCUCAAGAACUACCAGAAUAGCAACUGUUCAGAGAUUUGUAAUAUGCAUAUGAGUGAAUGGCCAGAGCUAGAGUACAGUCAGGGUAGUGUACACAAUCCCUACCAGGAAAUUCAUGACCCUGCUCACAUGUUCCACCAUUACAGUGACCAAAAUGAGUAUUAUCACAACAGCAAUGGAAACGGUUAUGAGAUGUAUGGAAGGGAAACGAGAUGUGACACAAAGCAGAUUUAUGACCCCCGAGAGAGAUACAGAAGAACUCAAAGUCAGCAUGUGGACUCAGUUGCGAAUCAAAUACCUACUAUGUCUUACAGAGAGGACCCUAACCUCAGCGUCCUAAACGCUUUGCCUUCAGACGAACCUGUCACUAUGAUCUUCAUGGGAUAUCAGAAAGCUGAGGAAGAUGCACAGAGCUAUGAAGGCUCCAUUCAGGCAGAGCUCAUCAUCAUCGGAGAUGGUGAGGAAGAAACCCUAACAGGUGCCACUCCUUUCCAAAAAAGACACGCCCAUUCUCACCAGAACUGCAAUACCAACAACGCGUCCACACACCUGACCUCUGAGACGUUGUCCACAGGUAGAAAAACCUCCAAAAAAGCAAGACUAAAAUACUGCUGCAUGUUAAUGUAGCACUGAAUGACAUAUCUUUCACUAACUCUCUCAUGCUAUCCAAACUGCAGCUGCUCUCCUGAAUGGCUUUCUCUGCAUGGCCUACGCACUACAACACUGCUUUAUCUGUGUGCUGGUUUACCUUAUAUUCUGUCUUAACAACCUCAGUCAUGUAAAGCUUUUUUAUUGAUACAUUCACAACAUAUAAAUUGACAUGAAGCUAUGUUUAAGUGUGUACAGUCCAGAGAAGGUCUGAGACCACUGAGCCUGAAUUAGUCAUCAGAAAUUUACACACAUCCAUUCUCAAUGGGGAGUCGUCAAAAAUGAGAUUGUGGGAUUGUCAGCGGCGUCACCCUAACUGAGUGAAAAUUUUGUUUACUAUUUAAUACGACUGUAAGUGAUUUUGUUAGCAUUAAUUAUGGUGUAUUAGUGCUGAAGAUUGUUCAUGAAAACAAAUGUGUUAAAUAAUACCAGUGUAAAGUAUUAACAGAAUGUAUUUGAAACCCAUUUACAUUAAAUUGCAAGCUGUACUGAAGAAAAUAAAAACAGAUAUCAAAUAUUGAUACAGCGCUGUGAAAAAGUAUUUGCUGAUUUCUUCAGUUUUUGUGUGUAUCUCAUACUAAAUAGUUUUAGAUUUCCGAACGAAAUACAACAUAAAACAAAGGCAGCCUGUGUAAAUUCAUGUUUCCCCCAAUU